CUCACCUUCUCCACGACCGUCGCUGCUUGUGUGCAUGAGGUGACGCUCGGAUCGUAUGUAAAGCUAGGGCUGAACCGACUGCCGAUUCGUGGAACACCGCUCAUUACGUGAACGCACGGUCGCUACGAGACCACUCGGCUUCGAUCACCUUUGUUCCUCUUCCCCCUGCUCUCUCAUUCUCGAUGAGCUCGACGUCCCCCGCGAGCCCGGCGUCCUUCGCAAGGCCGCAGCGGAUCGACAACAAUGCAGAAAACCGCGGCUCGGGUCUGCGUGCGUCCAUCCUCGAGAGCGCGCUCGAGCUUGGCUUCGGCAGCAAUCGUACCGUCGCGAACUGGAUGUUUAAUCCCGUCGCGGAGGAAGACGAGGAGAACGAUGCGGAGGACAUCAACUCCCCAAGUCUCACGUACGCGUCGACCGCGACGUCCGAAGAAUCAAACCUUUCCGCUGGAGUGACACAGCGCUCCCAGCCCGGCGCCGGGAUCCUUGUCAACGGAAAAGACCACCCGCUGAGCGUGGACACCUCCUUGCAGGAGCCCCCGCGCGAUGCGCUCUCGCCGGGCAGAGUAACUCCGCCCCUACACCCGCAGCGUUCGCUUCAAUUCGACCUGCGCGCAACACCCGAGCCACGCAUGGCGUCUCCGGUUCCAUCACCGCAACCGAAAUCCAAGCUUGGUAAGCUUCGACGGAAGAUGAAGCCGGAUGGGUACGAGAGCGACGGCGGGUACGUGAGCGAGGGGGGGAAGAACAAGGAGAAGAAUAAGGAGAGGAAGGAGAGAGAGAAAGAGGAGAAGAAGGCGAAGAAGAGCGCGAAGAGCAAGAAGAAUGGGGGCGACGCCACCGACAACGAGAGCGACGGAGGCUACCUCUCGGAGUUCAGUCUUCGGAGGAAGAAGACGCGGAAGGACAAGAUGGAUAAAGACAAGUCCAAGACCACGGAGUCGCCGACGACGGACUACGAGACCGACAAGGGUAACUCGUCUAGCUUCUCAAAAAGCCGGUCGCGCAAACAGUCUGUCGCAUCGCCGGUAAGUGGCGAGGAGUCCGACGGAGGCUAUCUGUCGGAGGCAUCUUCGAAGAGGAAACGGUUCUUCAGGCUCAACUCCAAAUCGUCUCGCAAGAACCAUCAGGGUGAUUCCCCUUCAGAACCGGCCCCACCCGUCCCCGCACUCCCUGCGUACACUCUGAUGCACCCUAUCGCGGACAAGUGGAGUCGCGCCGGGACACCAGUUCCACCCGAUUCGAGGAAUACGACGCCCCUGCCCGGCGACGCUGCAAGUAGUCUUCGCCCCAGUGGGGAGACAUACACGUCUGUGGACACUUGGAAUACCACGGACACCUACGCGACCACGGAUACAUCGAAUACGGUGGAUUCUGACGAGAGGCGAGACUCGGUGAUGUCGAGCGAGGAAGGUCUUACGAGGGCGUUCAGGGAUGCAGAGUCGGUGCGCUCUCCCAGUAUCGACUUCCUAUCGACCUUCCGCCGCGCAGGUGCUCCCCCUCUUUCCCCUUCCAAGUUCGGACUGAAAGUGGAGGGUGGCCUAACUCUCCCGGCGUCACCAAGAUCCCCUCUGUCUCCUGCUCUGUCGCCCUCCAAGUCCGUUCGUUCGCGCCCGAAGAUCUCGGCCCCGAAUACGACUACCCUUGCGCCGAAGCACGUCCCCGUUCCUCUUACUCUCACUCCCCCGACCCCCACCGCGUCUUCAACUCUUUACCCGCCAUCGCCAGACCCUGAUUAUGUUCUUGUCACGCCAUCAGCAUCAGCGCCGAACACGCCGCGCGCCCCCGAACAGGGUCACAGCGUAAAUUCGAGUGUUGCAUCGGCAUCGACGUCCAACUCGAAUGGUCCGCCCAGUCCUGGGAUGCAGCGCCCAAAGGUUCUUGCGUACUACGAUCUGCCACCGCCCAGCCCACCGCCUCGAGGGCCGCUGCCAGACGUGCCGUCCGACAUCUCUCGGAGCACAAGUCCAUCCUGGAGCAUGAUGGACCAGUCGACUUCGAAUUCGCGCUUCCCACGUUCGGCGCCUGCAGAUACCGCUGACCCCCGCGGCGCGCAACAGUACCGACCGCUCGCAACUCCCGCUGAUCGACCGAACACGGCUGCGCAUCCGCUCUCCAGGGAGAUCGCAACGGACUCACGCCCAAGGUCGCCUACACCCAGGAUCGCGUCGCCGGUCCCACCUGCGCUGCGCGGCCGCGUAUCUCCCUUCCCCACUGCGCCCGUGUUGCCGCGCGAACAGACGACACAGCUCAUGCGUCGAACGUCGAAGCUGACUCAGGAGGCCGUCAUUCGCGCGACUAAGCCAGGGCACGCGCCGGCCUCAGCAAGCGGGUAUCCGUCAACGCACAGCCGGUGGCCGUCGUCGGAGCAGCAACUCGGUGUGCAGUGGCAGCCGCGGUCAGCGUCUGCGCUGGAUACACGCCGUCCCUCUGAGGUGGGCCAUGAGUCCGACGAUGGUGGCUCUUUCUUGGCGUACGAUGACGAUGACGACGACCUCAGCGACCUUUCGCCAAAUACACGGCCAACCUCUACUGAGCCGGCGGAGUCAUCCCCGGACGUCAACACGAUCCUCGCAGGGUUCCGUGCUGAGCAAGCCGCUCAACCUGACGACCCGAAGACGAAUACGGUGCGCGAGUCGCACACUCUGUCUGCCAUCGUCUCGGGCUACGAACGUGACACGGUGUACCUGGAUGAGGAGGGCGGCGGGGACCGCUACAGCGUGUGGAGCGACGCGGCGAGUCGCCAUAGCUUCCUCGAUGGAGAGCGGAGCGCGGCGAUCCGCGCGAAGUUCGUCAAGCGGGUGGAGGCAAUGUAUGGGAAGGACACGGUCCCGCCUGUCCCGCACCUAGAUGCCGGGUUGAGGAGCACGCCGUCGUAGUGCCCGGCCUUCGCUCGUCCGCUCUUCCUUUCUCUUUCCACACCUCUUUAUCCGUUCCGUCGGUUAUUUAUACUUAUGCUUCUUCCUACUGUAUUCGCUCCUUAUGCUGCUGUAUUUUCCUCAUCGUGCAUGGUUUUUGCUCCGCCCGCCGCCUCGCUGGCCCGGCUGGGUUCCCGGCCAGAGUCCGCGGAUCCUUUCCACUCGUUUGGUUUAUCUCCUGCUGCGCGACCGCUAGAAACACGCCUUCGGUCGUGUGUGUCUGCUGUAUCUUUGUUACCCUUUCCUUGUUAGUCAUACCCUGUCCCGUCUCUAAUGCGCGCUCUGCUUUGCUCUCUCUUCUCAGUUCAACCAUCUUGACUGGGCUCGACGUUGUACGUACACAAGCGUCAACUGUUGUUGCGCUCCGCGUUUAUCCCAAGCUAGGAGACCGCGUUCCGCACCC